CGCUGGCGUGGCGGGUGGCACCGGAGGGUCGCCGGGUGAUGGUGGCCGGCGGGCCAUGCUGCUGAAGCUCCUGCAGAGACAGACCUACACCUGCCUGUCCCACAGGUAUGGGCCUUGCCUCUGCCUGGGGGGCCUCGUCCUCCUGCUCGUCUCCGCCCUGCAGUUCGGAGAGGUUGUUCUCGAGUGGAGUCGGGACCAGUAUCAUGUUUUGUUUGAUUCGUACAGAGACAACGUUGCUGGGAAAUCAUUUCAGAACAGGCUUUGUUUGCCCAUGCCGAUUGAUGUUGUGUACACCUGGGUGAAUGGCACAGAUGUUGAGCUGAUGAAGGAACUGCAACAGGUGAAGAAGCAAAUGGAGGAAGAACAAAGAAUAAUGAGAGAAAUUCUUGGAAAGAAUACAACUGAACCAACUAAGAAAAGUGAGAAGCAACUGGAGUGUUUACUGACACAUUGCAUCAAAGUGCCAAUGCUUGUAUUGGACCCUGCUUUGCCAAGCAAUGUCACUCUUAAGGACCUGUCAUCUCUCUAUCCCCUGUUAAGAUCUGCCAACAAUAUCUUCUCCGUUCCGAAGCCAAAAAAUCCUUCCACCAAUGUUACAGUAGUUGUUUUUGACAGUCCUAAAGAAGCUGAGGAUGCUCAUUCUGGAAUGUUAAAGGAGAGCAGCAAACAAACCUCCUGGAGGGGCUAUUUGACUACAGACAAAGAAGUUCCUGGUUUGGUCUUAAUGCAAGACUUGGUUUUCCUCAAAGGAUUUCCAUCGACCUUCAAAGAGACAAAUCAACUAAGAGCUAAACUACCAGAAAACCUUUCUUCCAAAAUAAAGCUGUUGCAUCUUUAUUCGGAAGCCAGCGUAGCUCUCUUGCAACUCAAUGAUGCGAAGGAUUUCCAAGAGCUGAACAAACAAGCAAAGAAGAACAUGACCAUAGAAGGGAAAGAAUUGACACUUAAUCCUGCAUAUUUAUUAUGGGACCUCAGUGCCAUCAGCCAGUCUAAGCAGGACGAAGAUAUUUCCGCCAGCCGUUUUGAAGACAACGAAGAACUACGAUAUUCACUGCGAUCCAUAGAGAGGCAUGCACCAUGGGUGCGGCACAUUUUCAUAGUUACUAAUGGGCAAAUCCCUUCCUGGCUUAAUUUGGAUAAUCCUCGGAUAACUAUAGUAACACAUCAGGAGAUAUUUCAGAAUGUGAGCCAUUUGCCUUCCUUCAGUUCUCCUGCCAUUGAAAGCCACAUCCAUCACAUCCCUGGCCUGUCCCAGAAAUUUGUUUAUCUAAACGAUGACGUUAUGUUUGGGAAAGACGUGUGGCCUGAUGACUUCUUCAGUCAUUCCAAAGGUCAAAAGGUGUAUUUGACUUGGCCAGUGCCAAACUGUGCUGAGGGAUGUCCUGGUUCAUGGAUUAAGGAUGGCUACUGCGAUAAAGCCUGUAAUAAUUCUGCUUGUGAUUGGGAUGGAGGUGAUUGCACUGGUAACCAUGUGGGCAGCCGGUACGGUGGUGGCGGUGGCACGGGUGUAGGAGUAGGGAACGUUCCCCCCUGGCACUUUGGUGGAGGGAUAAGUGGCGUUUCUUACUGUAACCAAGGUUGUGCAAAUUCCUGGCUUGCCGAUAAAUUCUGUGAUCAAGCUUGCAAUGUUCUUUCCUGUGGAUUUGACGCUGGUGACUGCGGACAAGAUCACUUUCAGGAGUUGUACAAAGUGACCCUUCAGAAGAAUGUGACUCAUUAUGUCAUUCCAAAAGGCGAAAACCUACCUUACUUCAGCUUUGCUGAAAUAGCCAAGAGAGGCCUUGAGGGUGCCUAUAGCGAUAACCCAAUAAUCCGUCACGCUUCCAUUGCUAACAAAUGGAAAACUAUCCACCUGAUCAUGCACAGUGGAAUGAAUGCAACUGUGAUCCAUUUUAACCUUACAUUUCAAAAUAAAGAUGACGAAGAGUUUAAGAUGCAGGUGACGUUGGAGGUUGAUACGAGAGAGGGACCAAAAGUGAACGUCACUUCCACCCAGAAACCUAAAGAUAAUGUGAAAACUACAACAGCAGCACCAGAAGUGGAAAUGAUAUUUGACGAUAUCCCUGAGGAAGAACGUUUCCCAAGAGUUAAAAAGCAUCCGAAUGGCACGACGAAGAGUUUUGAUGAAGGCAUAGUGAUUCCACAAGUUAACAUGUCUCUCCUUCCUGAAGACGUAAGGCUAGCUCUUCAACACUUAGAUUUGCAGCUACAAGGCGGUGAUGUCACCCAGAAAGGGUACAACCUGUCAAAGGCUGCUCUUCUGAAGCCCUUCCAGUCGUUGCUCACAACUGCAGGAAACCAUUUCCAGAACACAAGGCUGAAGGAAGCAUAUGACCCCUUAGGAGCUCGGAAGAAUCUCAGAAACGGGCAUCACUCUUACAAAAGCAGCCAAGGUGGCAAAGCAGACAUUGAAAGAAAAAGGCAUGAAGUGCUUCCACUGGCACCUGUUGGUAGCAGUCUUGUGGCAAUGAAGGUGAGCAGCUAUUUCCCUCUAAAACACAGCUCGGCAGUCAAAUUGGAGACCCCGCCUGUAAUCCAGAAUGCAGGUGGAAAAAAUGAGUCUCAGGAGAAAAUCCUAAAUGCUCUCCUACAGAAGGAAACUCAAAAGCCACAAGAAAUUAAGGAAGAGAAAAUGGCAGAAGACAAGAAAGAAACAGAUGUUGAUCAAGCGCAUGCCAAGGAAGAUAUAGGAGCGAAUCGAGCCAUACCAGGAAGGAAGCUACAGUAUUAUGCUGGAAAUUAUCCAGGCUUUUUGCCCUGGGAGAAGCAUAAAUAUUUCCAGGAUCUGCUUGAUGAAGAAGAGACAUUAAAGAAGGAAAUGGCUUACUUUACAGAUAGUAAACUAAUUGGAAGGCUGCUGAAAGACACAUUUGCUGAUUCUCUCAGAUAUGUAAAUAAACUUCUGAACAGCAAAUUUGGAUUCACAUCUCGGAAAGUCCCUGCUCACAUGCCUCAUAUGAUUGACCGAAAAGUGAUGCAAGAAUUACAGGAUUUAUUUCCGGAGGAAUUUGACAAGACUUCAUUUCACAAAGUACGCCACUCUGAAGAUAUGCAGUUUGCCUUUUCAUAUUUCUACUAUCUCAUGAGUGCAGUUCAGCCAUUGAACGUUUCUCAGGUUUUUGAUGAGGUUGACACAGAUAUGUCUGGAAUUCUGUCUGACAGGGAGAUACGGACAUUGGCCACGAGAAUUCAUGAAUUACCCUUAAGCUUGCAGGAUUUGACCGGUCUGGAGCAAAUGUUAAUAAAUUGUUCUAAAUCUCUUCCAGUCAACAUCACUCAUAUUAAUAUCAUACCACCAACACAGGAAGCAUAUUACGAUCCUAAUCUGCCUCCAGUGACUAAAAACCUGCUAACCAACUGUAAGCUUGUGACGGAUAGAAUUCGUAAAGCAUACAAGGACAAAAACAAGUACAGGUUUGAAAUCAUGGGAGAGGAAGAAGUUGCCUUCAAAAUGAUUCGCACCAAUGUUUCUCAUGUCGUCGGCCAGCUUGAUGACAUUCGAAAAAAUCCCAGAAAAUUUGUUUGUCUAAAUGACAACAUUAAUCACAAUCAUAAAGAUGCUCAGACAGUAAAAGCAGUGCUUAGGGAUUUUUAUGAAUCAAUGUUUCCCAUCCCGUCCCAAUUUGAACUGCCAAGAGAGUAUCGAAACCGCUUUCUUCAUGUGCAAGAGCUUCAGGAAUGGAGGGCUUACAGAGACAAGCUGAAAUUUUGGACACAUUGCGUUCUGGUGACACUGAUUGUGUUCACAGUCACCUCGUUUUUUGCAGAGCAGCUAAUCGCCCUCAAACGGAAAUUUUUUCCAAGGAGGAGGAUUCACAAAGAAGUUUGUCAUGAACGAAUGAAGGUGUAGAAAAAUUUCAGUCAUGACUCCGUCUACCUCAACAUGCGAUGAACACAUGAAAUGUUCUGUUUCAGAAGUGUCUUGAUCGUUGUGUCCUGGGCGUGUACAAAACUGCCCAUGUCAUUAUAGCCUUUGUAAUACUGUAUAUGACACCCAUGCUACUGAACUUACAGAGAGUGUGAGGACAAUGUGGAAAAGGGUGUGUUGCCAGCUCUCAGACGGUUGUACUUCUCAAGCACUAUGUUCUGAGUGCAUUAUCCUUUUUAUAAAAAGGGUUACUGAAAGAAACAUGGCUGCAUUUAUUGCAGUACACAUUGCAAACUAAGAAUAA